ACAUAGGUGUGUAUGUUAUGCGCGCGUGUGUAGGUGCCUGUCGCGAAAUAUAGUAGCAGCCAUCUUAUAUUUUGUGUCGGAGAAAAACAAUUCGGCCGUACAAAUGUUUCGCGAUUGCCCGUGAAGAGCCGCUCGACGCAGGGAGGCGGUGCGCUCGAUGAGGCGCGACGUAUUUCGACCCUAGACCCGGACCACUACAUCAGCAAAGGUGGAUUGGUACGCAGGAUAUGAGCAGUUUGUCAAGCGCAACCUGACUCUGCUCCCCCAUCAGCAAGCAGCAGUGCACCAGCAGCAGGACGAGCAGACUCAGCAGCUGGCGCAGCACCAGCAGCAGGCGCAGGCUGACAUUAUGACGUCCAUGUUCGAUCAGCAGAUCAAGAGUGAGCCCAUGGGGUUCUACUCGGUCGCUUCCAGUCGCUCGGACGGAUCCAACUCUAUAGUGAAUCUGUCCGACGAUCGGGAGGAGCUGUCUCAGCAGGAGGGUCACCUGCAGCCGACUCAGCAGCAGACGUUGCAGCUGAGUCAGCAGCAGCAGCAGCAGAGUCAGCAGGGCCAGCCGCCGGGUCAGCAGCAGCAGACGCAGCAAACGCAGCAGGGCAUGCAGGAGGACGACUCGCCGGGUCGUCAGUCCACGGGCCAGCAAACCGUGAAGGAGGGUUCGCGGUCCAAACCGCAGCCCUGCAAGGUUUGCGGCAAGGUGCUGUCGUCCGCGUCGUCCUACUACGUGCACAUGAAGCUACACUCCGGGAACAAGCCCUACCACUGUACAGUAUGCGAGGCGAGUUUCUGUCGCAAGCCCUACCUGGAGGUGCACAUGAGGACGCAUACGGGCGAGCGACCGUUUCAGUGUGAGCUGUGCCUGAAGAGGUUCACCCAGAAGAGCAGUCUGAAUACUCACAAGCGGGUGCACACGGGCGAACGGCCGUACGCGUGCGACAUCUGCCACAAGCGCUUUGCCGUCAAGAGCUACGUGACCGCGCACCGCUGGAGCCACGUGGCCGAGAAGCCACUGGUUUGCGAGCGGUGCUCUCUCACGUUCACGUCCAAGAGUCAAUUCGCGAUUCACAUUCGUACACACACCGCCAGCACCACGUACGAGUGCAAUAUUUGCGGGCGCACGUUCGUACGCGACAGCUACCUAAUAAGGCAUCAGAAUCGGGUGCAUCGUGACAUGCAGGGUCAGAGCGGCGGCACGAAUCAUCACAAUCCGCCGACGCCGAGUCAGAGCAGCAGCGGUGCUGGGACACCUGGCGGCGGCGGCACCACCGGCUUCGAGAGCCCGGUCUGCGACCUGCGCUACAGCGAGGGACCGUCGUCCCUGGACGGCCUCGCGGGGGCCAAGGGCGCGGGCAUCGCCGUAGAUAUCGCCAGUCUAGCCAAGCAGAACAAUCUACAGCUUCCAUUACCGCUGCUGCAUCCGCAGACCACCAACUAGUGUUUAGACAGCAGCAGCUCUACCCAGCAGUUGUCCCUGCCGCAACACCAAUCGCCACCGCAGCAAGUAGUAGUAAUAUGUCCCACCUCGGCGUCCUCGCCGUUCACACUUAACUCACCUGUACUAUCUCACACCGAGCACACGAGUACGGUACCGCAGAGUGUCUACCAAACGACGGGCUGCUCCUCCUCCGAUCCUCCUUGCCUGGAUAGCCCCCAGGAAAGCUCUCAGCUCUACGUAACUCCGCAAUUGUCGUCCCCUAUAGAUCCGACGUCGGAGCCGCAAUACGUGCACUGCGGCAUCUCCGUGCCCGCGUUUCAACCCGCGAUCUACCUGUACGCUCAGUACGCGAAUACGAGCCCCGCGAUUUCAUAUUCCGAAUACAUGCAGUGUAACAAUUGAGAACGACGCGAGUUUUCAUCUAGCAUCGAUCCUAGCGACUUUCCAACGCGAACGGGAAAAAAGCAAAAAAAAAAAGAAGAUACCAGUGAGACUGGUGCUAUUUAAUCGCGUCGGUCAACACUUUGAUCAAAGUGCCUAUCGAGCAUCCAACUUUCGGGUUCGUAGACACGGGUGCUCGCUCGUCACGGUAUUUUAGGAAUACGGUUUCGGUUUCGGUCAACGGGGGGAAUCCACGGGACGACUUAGCUCGAUCAAUCGCGAAGUGAUCACACUGACUGUUCGAUAAAACGUUCGCUAAUACUUUGUGUGUCUUUAUAUCUUUAAUGGAUUUUAUAUUCACGACUCGCAUACAUCUUUUAACAUGGGAUUGAAUAGCACCCGCUUGAAGCGGUCCUCAAUUGUUCGACGACAAAAAAUCGUGCUGGCGCAGAUCGUUCUGAUGAAUCGAUUGCGAUCCGUACGCGAUGCUAGCUGAAACCGAAGCGUAACGUGUAACGUUUCUACAAGUCUCCGCGAUUUCAGCACUAUUGUUUCGCCUGGUUUUAUAAUCACGUCUCUCUGCGAGUAUAUAUACAUACAUGUAAACACAACGUAUACGUGUGUGUAUAUAUAUUAUGCGAACCACAUUAUAUGACACAUACACAUAUUUAUAUUAUAUUUUUAAACAAGUUUAGUCACUUGAAUCUGUGAUAUAGAUAGUAAUUAUUGUCUACAACGUUUAAACUAUUGGUUUACCAUUUUGACGAAUAUCAAAACACGAGGGAAAAAAAAAAAGAAAAAAAAAGCAAUGUCACGAGGCGAUCAAAAACUUUAGGCGAUGUUGGUCUCUACCGAAGGUGUGUUUGGUAGACACCCUAUUAUUAAUUUUACAAAAAAACAGCAACAAAACAGUAACACAUACGGCUAAUGUCCUAACUAUUGUCACUGCUAUUAUUCUAACUACCACUAUCACGCGUCUAUCACCACCACCGACAUUUCCCCAAUUAUAUAUUAUCUAUCACUACUAUUACGGCUAUUACUACCAACUAUUACUCUACUGCUACUUCGUACUGCUACUCCUAUACUACUAAAAAAAAGAAAAAGAAACUACUACGAACACAUUAUCACUAAGGAUACACUCGUACAUGCGAGAGCGCGCGUUUUUAUUUCAACUACGUGUAGCGCAUACGACUACAACUACCCGUCGCAUAGUCGUCAUGGUUUCUCUUUAGCUUGAAACGCUACGAGAAUUCCUUCCUGUCGCUUUUUCUACAGAUCGUAAAACGUUCAUCCCUUCGCAACACCGACGGACCGAUGUAUGUGACGAGGUGCGCGCGUUUGCGAUUAAGAAAAAAGAGAAAAAGGAAAUUGUUCUUCGUUAGAGGGUAGAGCAGGCACAGCUUUCAAUCAGUUCCAUAGUUGUACUUACUUUCCACAUAUCUCGAAAUGUACACACAGAUAUAUAUAUAUUGUAUAUACAUAUACAUAUACGACGUACGAAUGUAUUAUAAAGCGGAAAAGUAGGAGGGUGCAGGUCAUAAAAAGAAAACAGUUCCAUCACGUAAAAGGCGCAAAUAGGCUGUUGAUUCUUCGCAAACGCUCUUAGCUAUUAGUUUAUUAUUAACUCCUGUUCUCUCUUUCUCUCUCUCUCUCUCUCUCUCUCUCUUUCAUAAUCACGUCACAAGCUUUAGAAUGCAAGCGCGAGGGAACCAUGACAACCGCGCGUAGAACUGGGAGUAAAUCUCAAAGUGCACAUCCUUAGACGCGGCUGUUGCUUUUGAGUGAUCGAGAAAUCUGAGAUAAUUGCGACCAACGUAAUGCAAUUCACCAAGAAUUAAGCACGCGAAAGUAGAGCUCUGAAGAUACACAAAUCGAAAGAAAUUACAUAUAUUUGCGCUAGCGUGCCUCGAACCCCCUUAUUGUGGUUCUCCCUCUUUUUUUUCCUUCUCUCUUUCUAUCUCUCCUUCUCACUUUCAGCGAUCUAAUUUUCACGUCGUGAAAUGAUCAAAAUGAUCCUGCGCGCGUAUGCCUGAGGCUUUCGAUUUAAAGAGGAUGCGAAGUCACCUAGGCAAGACUGAUCUUUAUUGUAACGAAUUACGAAAUGUUUAUUCUCUUUCUUUUCGUCUAUUCUCUCUUCUCUCCAUUUUUAUUCUCUCUUGUCUUUCUGAUUUCUAGUUCUUCACCGGAGGCGCAUGUAAGCGCGCUGAAAAGAGGAUGAUAUAAUAGUUUUUCAUUGAUGGAAAGAAGAGCCGCGCAAAAAAAUGUAACGAUCACAAACGAAUGAGUUAAGCAAUCGGGAAAUUGGUUAUCCAUCGUUUCAUUAAUUAACGUGGUUAAUUAAUCAAGCGACUUGAUGAAAAUUAAAUAAGCGAUUAAUUAAGUUAAUUAUGCUUGAAGAGAAAUCGUGAAAACGCGCGGUUUCUGGUUCACGAUCAAGGAACGAGGUGCAAUGGGAGAAAGCAAUUGAUCUUUUGUUUUUUGUCGGCUAGUCAUUGGGCAGCUCUACAAGAUAUUAAGUGUACUACAAAGCUGUGAUUAAAGCCUCCGUGCAUAUGACCGCGCAGCUCCUAAUUAUAGUGAUAUAUAUACAUAUACAUACACACAUAUAUAUAUAUAUAUAUUUUGUAGUUUAUUAUAAAUAUGUAAGUAAAAAGUGAAAUUUAUAGAUAGCCCUAGAAAUAUUUAAAAAUCGCAGUUCCGGUCGAUCGGUUAAUUACUCACGAUCUCUUUCUUAUUUUCUUUUUCUCCCUUUUUUGUUUUACCUUCGCAGUGUUGGGCAAAAAGGCACAUAUGUAGGUAUUCAUAAGUUGUCGUUCGGGGAGAGACGACUCGCGAUUACGCGAGUAUUUAAAGAAAGUUUUAUACGAGUGCGCGCGGGGCGCAGAUUUACGUUUUAUAAAUUUUUAUAUAACGAUCGUACUGUUUGAAAUAGACGCUUGCUUUUUCCAGAGGGCUGCUCUUAUCGAUACGUUUUAAGCUGAUUAUUUGCCAAUAAUCUAGUUGCUAGUCGAUUAAACUAUGAACAACAUUACAAACACUCGAUCACAGAGUUUAGUUUAUGUUAUUUAAUCCUUGUAUACCCAAGCUAAUGAAAUCUAAGAAAUGACGGAACUGAAUUAACUUAAGUCCCCCAGAGUUUUCUUUGAAAUUUAAUGUCGUAAAUGUUUCUAAGACAUUUCAAAUAGUUUAAAAAAUAAUACUGAAAACUUUUGUAGCUGAACGGUUGCCAACUUGAUCGAAACAAAAAGUGAAAAUAAAAUAAUCACUUGUGGGAAACUUAAGUUACCCUUCUUAGGUAUCUAAGGGUUAAAUAUGAGCGCGCAAAUAAAGGAUAACGCGCAUUCGUAUAAUCGAAAAAGUUUUAGUUUACUUGCGUUCUUAAACGUUAAGACUGGAAUUGCACAAAACGAUUGUUACUUUCGGAAUUUAAUACAAUUCGGGCGACAAUUUCGCGAUUUGAAAAGACACUUUGUUACAUGGCAUCGAUUUUCCACGAUGCCUAAAAAUCACGAACGUCGCAAUUGCAUCUCUCCGGUGAAUGUGACCGGUGAAUUUCAGUCAGGAACGAUCGUAGCCAGUGAAAUCAGCGUCCUGGAAAUGUAGUGAGAUUUUAACUGUGUUAUUCAAUACGUAGAAUUAGGAGCCAUUUCAGACAGUAUAUCGCGUACGUACAUAAGUAUGUAGGCGUAUAUUUUUUAGGAUUGCCCAGCACUGAGACCUGUCGAAACUCUCGAAUCGGUAAUAAUCGAUCUCACACGCCGAUCGUUUUUUUUUCGCGGACGUGUCUCCGAAUUCUGAUAUUUGCGACAUGUAUAUCAAAAAAUGUGUAUUUUCGUAAGAGGGGGGAUGGAAGACGGGUCCUUCCUUCGGGAGAGUCCACGUCGGACCAAUACACAUAUAUGUAUAUAUGAAAGAUGAUAAAAAUGAAAAAA